AUGGAGGAUAAAUUGAAUGUAACAUACAUAACUCUUGGUGGGCAUGUAGAAUUGCAGAAAUACCAAUAUCUUUACUUUGUGGUCAUGUUUACAUUAUAUAUUCUCAUAAUCUGCUGUAAUUCCACAAUUGUGUGCCUCAUAGUGAUUCACAAGAACCUCCAUGAGCCUAUGUACAUUUUUAUAGCAGCUUUGUUGAUCAACUCUAUUCUUUACACCACAACGAUCUUCCCAAAGCUUUUGACUGACUUCUUAUCUGAAACACAAGUAAUUACUUAUCAGGCCUGUCUCCUCUUUCAGGUUUUUGCAUAUUACACACUGGCUUUUUCAGAGUUCUUACUGUUGGCAGCCAUGGCCUAUGACAGAUAUUUGUCUAUAUGUAAACCUCUGCAGUAUCCAACUAUCAUGACAAAAAAAACUGUCAGUGUCCUUCUCAUUUUAGCUUGGCUUGUGUCUGCUUGUGAGCUUGCAUUAGCAAUCACACUGAAUGCUAAUAUAAAACUCUGUAACCUUACUUUGAAAGGUAUUUUUUGUAACAACUCAGUUUACAAAAUUCAGUGUGUGAGUUCAGUAGCUCUUUCUAUCUAUGGUGUCUUCAUAUUGUUAAAUCUUGCAUUGCUCCCUAUGCUUUUUAUUCUUUUCACAUACACUAGGAUACUAAUUAUAUGCUACCGAAGUAGUAAAACAGUCAGAAACAAAGCUGCACAGACCUGUUUACCUCACCUACUGGUUUUAAUCAACUUUUCCUGUUUUAUUACCUAUGAUAUUGUUAUAGUUCGACUGGAAUCAGACAUUCCAAAAAUUCCUCGUUUUAUAAUGACUUUACAAAUUAUUUUGUAUCAUCCUCUUUUUAAUCCUAUUAUAUAUGGACUAAAGAUGAAAGAAAUCUCUGAACACCUCAGGAGGUUGUUGUUUCAGGUCAAAUCACACUAA